UUUAAUAUAUCAUAUUGUUUUAGACAAAAAUCAUGGAUUUCGGUAGUCAAUAUAGAAUGUACAAUUAACAUUACAAGUUAUAACAGUUAAACCAUAACGAAUCUCAAUUCGUUGAUAACAAUAAAAUUAAAAUUAUUUAUUUUGCAUUCGUUAUUAAUAAUUAUAAUUAAAACUGACCAUAAGUUUAACUGCCAAUAGGUUCCUUCUUGGACCAUAAUUCCAGUUUUAUUAUUUUUGUCACAUCGGAUAUUCAGUAGUUAAUAUGUCAGAAAGAAAAGUAUUAAAUAAAUACUAUCCACCCGAUUUUGAUCCUUCAAAAAUUCCACGUAUGAAACUUCCAAAAAAUCGACAAUAUACUGUUCGCCUUAUGGCACCAUUUAAUAUGAGAUGUAAAACAUGCGGUGAAUAUAUUUAUAAAGGAAAAAAAUUUAAUGCACGUAAAGAAGAUGCUGAAAAUGAAGAUUAUUUAGGUAUACGUAUUUACCGGUUUUACAUAAAAUGCACUAGGUGUUUACAAGAAAUAUCUUUUAAAACUGACCCACGUAACACGGAUUAUGAAAUUGAAGAAGGAGCUACACGAAAUUUCAUGGCUCUAAAACUUGCUCAAGAACAGGAAAAAAGAGAAGAAGAUGCUGAAAAGGAAGAAGAAGCUACAAAUCCAAUGAAGUUAUUGGAGAAUCGUACUCAGCAGUCUAAACAAGAAAUUGAAUUAAUGGAAUCCCUCGAAGAGCUAAGAGAUUUAAAUAGACGUCAAGGUAAUGUGGAUUAUGAUUCAAUGUUAUUAAAGUACAACCCUGCAGAACUAAAGGAGCAAAUUAAACGGAUGCAAGAAGAAGAAGAUGAAAAUACGGUAAAAAGUUUAAUGGGUAUUAAACGUAAGAUUGAUGAAAAUGAUGAUGAAGAAAUAAUAGAAUCUGAAGAUAAUAUGACUAAAAGUAUAAUAAAAAAUGUAAACACUUCAACUGCACAAACUAGUGCAAAGAAAAAGGUCUCUAAGCUCAACCUUUUAAAUUUAGUUAAAGUUAAUAAUGUUACAAGUAUCAAUAAGACAAAAGAAUCUUGUAAUUCAUUAUCAUUAAUUGGAAAUUAUUCAAGCAGCGAUGAUUCUAAUUAAAUAGUAUAAAUAAAUAUGAAGGUAUGAUUAAAAAUUAUAAUGCUUAAUAAUUUAAAAUACAUCAUAUUUGUAACAAA